AUGUUUCUUCAGCAAUUCAGCGGCUGCGCACGCUUCAAUCGUUUCGCCAACGGUCAAAACAUCAGGAUGAUGUCCACUGUAAUCGGGGGUUCUGGUCGCUCGUACGUUAUGAGACAGGUGCUAUCGUACGGUGGUCACGACCAAAUUCCAAUCAUCUUCAAAGCCGAGUCCCAACACGAGUCUUUCAUCGUCAAACGUGUACCCAGGACUUUCUACGAUCUGUCUCUCCGUCUUGCUGCCGAGUUUGCAAGCUCCCGUCGGCUUCGAAUGCAUAUUGACUGCAACCUGGAAGAAGGUGUCCUUAUCUAUCCGUAUUAUCGAAGCACCCUACUUUCAUUGAUUCAGGAUGACGACAGCGAGGAUAGCUUGCCCAUAACGGAGCGCAAGAAGAUUUUACGAGGCACAGGAGAAGCAAUACAGGAGCUUCAUACAAAAGGUUGGAUUCACUGCGCUCCCAAAGAGUUGUUCGAGCAGAUUAGCGAUGAACACUGGCGUCACGCCCUGGCGGGAGCUUCAGCGAUAGCCGAGAACGAGGUGAAGCAACAACCUGGCUUAAGAUCUGAAUCCAACGAGCAGAGUACCGAUUGA